CGGUGAGGGCCGCUCUCCAGUCCGCGGCGCGUGCUCCUGUCUGCCUGACCGACCUCCGGCGAGGCGGCGGCAUGGCGGGCACGGGCCCCAAGCGGCGCUCGUCGUCCGCCCGCGCGGCGGCCGAGGAAGAGGAGCUGCAGGCUCGGGAGCGGAUGCUGGCGGCGAAGCGCGCGGAGGGCGCGGGGGGCGCGGGGGGCGCGGGAGCGGCGGGGGGCGAGGGGGUGACACUGCAGCGCAACAUCACGCUGCUUAACGGCGUGGCCAUCAUCGUGGGCACCAUCAUCGGCUCGGGCAUCUUCGUGACGCCCACCGGCGUGCUCAAGGAGGCGGGCUCGCCGGGGCUGGCGCUGGUGAUCUGGGCCGUGUGCGGCGUCUUCUCCAUCGUGGGGGCGCUCUGCUACGCCGAGCUGGGGACCACCAUCUCCAAGUCGGGCGGGGACUACGCCUACAUGCUGGAGGUGUACGGCUCGCUGCCCGCCUUCCUCAAGCUCUGGAUCGAGCUGCUCAUCAUCCGGCCCUCCUCGCAGUACAUCGUGGCGCUGGUCUUCGCCACCUACCUUCUCAAGCCGCUCUUCCCCACCUGCCCGGUGCCCGACGAGGCCGCCAAGCUCGUGGCCUGCCUCUGCGUGCUGCUGCUCACGGCCGUGAACUGCUACAGCGUGAAGGCUGCCACCCGGGUCCAGGAUGCCUUCGCUGCUGCCAAACUCCUGGCGCUGGCCUUGAUCAUUCUGCUGGGCUUCAUCCAGAUCGGAAAGGGUAACGUGUCCAAUCUGGAUCCUAAGUUCUCAUUUGAAGGCACCAAACUGAACGUGGGGAACAUCGUGCUGGCGUUGUACAGUGGCCUCUUUGCCUACGGGGGAUGGAAUUACUUGAAUCUUGUCACAGAGGAGAUGAUCAACCCCUACAGAAACCUGCCCCUGGCCAUCAUCAUCUCCCUCCCCAUCGUCACCCUGGUGUACGUGCUGACGAACCUGGCCUACUUCACCACGCUGUCCACCGAGCAGAUGCUGUCGUCAGAGGCCGUGGCCGUGGACUUCGGGAACUACCACCUGGGCGUCAUGUCCUGGAUCAUCCCCGUCUUCGUGGGCCUGUCCUGCUUCGGCUCUGUCAACGGCUCCCUCUUCACGUCCUCCAGGCUGUUCUUUGUGGGGUCCAGGGAGGGCCACCUGCCCUCCGUACUCUCCAUGAUCCACCCGCAGCUCCUGACGCCCAUGCCCUCCCUCCUGUUCACGUGCCUCAUGACCCUGCUAUACGCCUUCUCCAACGACAUCUUCUCCGUCAUCAACUUCUUCAGCUUCUUCAAUUGGCUGUGUGUGGCCCUGGCCAUCAUCGGGAUGCUGUGGCUCCGAUACAAGAAGCCUGAGCUGGAGCGGCCCAUCAAGGUGAACCUGGCACUCCCCGUGUUCUUCAUCCUGGCCUGCCUGUUCCUGAUCGCCGUCUCCUUCUGGAAGACCCCCAUAGAGUGUGGCAUCGGCUUUGCCAUAAUCCUCAGCGGCCUGCCUGUCUACUUCCUCGGGGUCUGGUGGCAAAACAAGCCCAAGUGGCUCCUCCAGGGCAUCUUUUCCACGACAGUCCUUUGCCAGAAGCUCUUGCAAGUGGUCCCCCAGGAGUCCUAGAGAGAGGAGCCAGGAAGCUGCUGAUGGAAAAUACAGAAAGAUCAUUUUAAAACAACUCACCCACCUAAAAAGCGACCCGUUCCAUCAUCCAGGCAGCUCAGCUGAGCGCCCUGCACCGUCCCUCCACCAGGUCAGGUGCCAGGGCCACUGUGAAAACUGGUACGAAUUUAGUCCCAGAAGACGAACUUCUAUCGAUACCUCCUCAAGAGUGUGAUGCACGAAUGUUGAACGGAGAAGAAGCUGAGGCUUCUGACUGACCCCGGACUUUUUGCCAUAUUGGGCCCUUGUCCUUUCCCACCUUUGUUUAUUUGUAGGGUUUUUUUCCUCCUUCUUAUUUUAUAUUAUUUUUUUUUAACUUAAAUUUUGGGGUCAAGUUGAUAACACCAAGAUGAUUAUUUUUUAAAGAAAUGGGGGAGGGCAGGUAGGGAGACUCUUGUUCCUUAUCACUGCCAGCAGUGUGAUGUGCCUCAGGGACCAGGUCCUGUCGCUGGGUGUGACCCCAGCACCAACCAGCUUCAGGCGGGAGGAGUGAUUCUGAGAGCCUAACACUCCAGCUGCCAAUAAGCUACUGAGACUCUGCCUCAGAUUUGCACUGACAGAUGUGUGCUUGGCUUCCUUAGGUUUUUUUAUUUUAUUUUAUUUUGGUUUUUUGUUAGUAAAUGUAGUGACAUUGGGGAAACUAACCUUGGGCUUAUGUCUCUGCCUUAAAGACCUGAGUUUGAUCCCUCCCUCCCUGAAUCCUAAAAAGAAGAGAAAGUCUUGGUGAGACAGCCAUCUUUGGAGAGCAAAGGACUUGAGAGGAGUCUGAUACCAGCCCAGCUCCACACAAAGAGCCAGUUCCUGUGCCUGGUGUUUGGGUGGAGCUCCGGGGAGAGGUCAUGAGCACCUGGAUGACCUCAGAGGUCCCGCCAGCAGAGCAGGGCCAGUUUCUGGGCUAUUCCCUCGUCACUGAGGAUGCUGUGGGCUCCUGCCUUUGUGCGUCCUGUCCUACAUGGCAGCCUGAGCAAAGGCACAAAGGCAGGAGGACCGGGCACCUCCGAGGAAAGGGCCUCCCGCCCUGUGCUGCACCCAGUGUGGGAGCCAGCUUUAGUUCUCUCAGACAAAGCCCCAGGCUUGAGGCCUGGAAAGAGAUGUGACAGGAAGGCAGAUGCCAAGACCCCUGCUGGGCUUCUCAUUCAGGUCCCCAAGGCAGCCCCUCCCAGGGUCCGCAGAGUUGGCCUCCAUGGCUGGAUGGCAGUCCCAAGGGGCUGUCUGGGACUUGCUUCCAUCUCCUGGCCGGGGUGCCAUCAUCCCCUCCUGCCACCGACAUGGCCUGUUCCAGACUCGAUUCCAGUCAGCAGGGACACCAAGCCUUCCUCAGUGCCCCAACUCUGCACCUGCUCUUGAGGCUGCCCUCCUCUCCAGAGAGGCUGCUAGAAGGCCUGUCCUUGUGACUCCAGUGGUUCCCCGAGGGAGGCAGCUGAGGCUGGCUCUCCUGGGCUGUCACCCUGCCUGGGAAGCACCAUCAGCUAAGGUCAAGUCCUCUAGACCCCAUUGUAGGUGCUGGGGUUCUGCCUUGGUCUCUGACCCCUCACCUUCUCCCAGAGGGAGGUUGAACUGAGCCCUCAGGCAUCAGGCCUCAUUGCUCAGCUUCGAAUGGCCCAUCCAGCCUGCUGCCACCCACCUGGGCUCCAGGGGGCACUUGGGGUGCUGUGAGGGUAGAUGUGGCCUUGCAGGAUAUGGGAAACCAAGAUGGUGCUGUCCAGACCAGGUGGCCUCCCUACAGUGAUCUGCUUCAGCAGCCUGCAAACGGGUGGGAACCCCCAGUGUGUCAUGGGCAAUUGAGGCAAGUCACCCCUGCAGGGGUAGACUGGGGCUGCAGGGUUCCCUUUCCACAUGGAGGUGAGGGCUAGAGGGGGCAAUGAGAGGUCAAAGGCAGUUCUAAAGUGUGGCUCUCCCCAGCGUCUGGGCUGGGACCUCUGCUGAGGGUGGCUUGGGGCCUCUUCUGUGAUUCCUGGCCUGUGUCGCCCAGGGACGCAUCUGGGGAGGCGGGGACGUCAGGGCUGCAUCCAGAGGUGCUGCAGGCACCCCGGGUCCUGCCGCGUUGGCAUCUGGGGAGGCAGAGACUCCGCUCUUUCUGACCACUCUACUGACACGUGUCCCGAGCGUUCACAUUUGUGAGAGUUGAUUUUUUUUUUUUUUAACCAAACCCUGGCGUAACCAGCUUCAUUUGUGCAGGUGUUCUGCUGUUCGUCCUAAGGUCUCGUUAACGUAAGGCUGCUAUCGGCGCCAUGUUUAUUUAUUUGCAGUCCAGUUCAGCCUGGCUUCUCCGGCAUGUUGUCGCUGUCUCUGUAUCCCUGUGGGUGUCCCCGCCAUGGCAGUGCUGUCAUUGGCCUGGCGGCGGCGGAAGACCUCCUCCUUGUAAUGACGUGCGCGGCUUCAGUGUCUUUCUCUUCCCGUGUUAAUGGCUAACUUGUAACACUUGGCUGGUUGGGGUAGGGAGUUCUGUUUUUCCUAUGGGGUGGGACAUUUGUUUGUUUUUAAAGAAAAAAUGAUCAGAAUUAUAA